ACUGACGCUCUAAAAGGAAAGUUUUCGAAAGGAAUUGACGCGCUCAGGUCAAGGAAGAAAGGGAGAAACUUCAAGACUUGAUCUAGGUCGUCGCCAACUUUUCUACCUGCUGACAUAAACCUCACCUGCAGCCGUCAGGAUGGGGGUUGACCUGUGCACCUACAGGGCCCGGAUAGGCUGCUUCAGGAACCCGGCGUUUGGCCCCCUGUGCUGCUGGCAGUCAUGUUUGCUGGUGUGGAUGGUCAUCUCACAACUCAUGCUGAAGCUUGCAGGGGAUGUGGAGGAGAAUCCUGGGCCCAGCCAACAGUUUAAAAACAAGGUGAAGCCAAAAGAAUGGGACAUGAUGGGGAAAAGAACUCUCUUGACACUGGACUUGUCUUGUAAAUAUGAUUUUUCAACUGGUAGUUCUAUCAACCCUCUGGCCCAACUACCCGAGGAGGUUUUUGAACUUAAGGAAUUGGAGGCUUUGGAUCUGACAAACAACGAGAACAUUGAUCUCUCCGAUCAGCUGACCAGACUAGACUAUCUAAAACUGCUGUGUUUAGAUAGAUGUAACCUCGACACAGUUCCGGCUGCCGUGAUGAAACUUCCGCAGUUAGAAAUGCUGAUCCUCAGUGACAACUGGAACAUCACCCUGCCGGAUGACAUGUCUGGUCUCAUCAACCUCACGGUCCUGGUCUUAGACAGCUGUAACCUGGAUACAUUGCCACCUGUAGUGCUGAAACUGUCAAACCUACAGGUGCUGGAUAUAAGUGCGGACCGCAAUUCAAUAUUGAAAAUCUCCCUACCAGAUGCGUUGCCUAAACUGAACAAGUUGAAAGUGUUGAGACUACGUUUCGGAAACCUGGACACCGUUCCCCCGGCAGUACUGAAACUCCCCCAGCUGGAGGAACUGGACCUCAGCUGGAACAGUGGGAUCCGCCUGCCGGAUGGGCUGACCGGACUCACCAACCUCCGGGUACUGAAACUAGCGGGAACAGGCAUGAAGACAGUUCCUCCGGUAGUGUGGAGACUGACUCAGUUAGAAUGGCUGGACCUGAGCGGUAACCAACUACAGACGUUACCCGCAGAAAUCGGACAGCUCGCUAGCGUCAAACACUUGGGUCUGUGCCUCUGCAAGCUGCGCACACUCCCACCUGAAGUGGGGGGAAUGAUACAGUUAGAAUGGCUGGACCUGAGCCGUAACCAACUACAGAUGAUACCCAGAAAAAUCGGACAGCUCACUAAUGUCAAACACUUGGAUCUGUCCGACUGCGAGCUGCGCACACUCCCACCUGAAGUGGGGAGACUGACACAGUUAAAACGGCUGAACCUGAGCCAUAACAAACUACAGACGUUACCCGCGGAGGUUGGACAGUUCAGUAGCGCAUGUCGCCUUGACGUUAUUGGAAAUCCACUUAUAAAACCACCAGCUGAAGUUUGCCGUCAGGGGAUCGAUGCUAUCAGACAGUACUUUGACGAACUUGAACGCUCUGAAGAAGCCGUAUCCGCUCAUUUGAAAGUUGUCGUCUUGGGAGAGACAAUGGCGGGUAAAACAAGCCUGGUACAGACGCUAAACAGUGGCAAGUCUACCCUGACAGAAGAAGAGGACCGCACACACUGUGUAGAGAUAACUCAGUGGGCACCUACGGACAACAUCACGUUUGAAGUGUACGACUUUGGCGGCCAUGACAUGUACCAUCUCACUCAUCAGCUCUUCUUGACCCAAGGCGCCUUGAACUUGUUGACAGUAAAUCUCCAAGAAUACAGAUGUAGCGAAGAGUGUUACACGCAAGCCGUGGGGUUCUGGCUGGACACACUGAAUGCCCGCGUGCCGGGGGCGGUGGUUACCAUAGUGGGUAGCAAGAUGGACUUGUGCAGCAGUACAGAAAUAGAGAAGAAAACUAAGGACAUCCAAGAAAGAUUCACACAGCAACAUGCAUUUUGGCAACGUACCAUACAACAGCAAAUAGACAAGUUACAAGGUUCGGCCAAUGGUGGGACCGAUCGGGGUGAAAUAGCGCAGCAGAUAGAACGUACCCGGCAGCUGCUGACACGCCCGCUGCGGCUUACAGGCGUGCACUGCGUCAGUUCGGCAGAACCAUCAUCUGGGCUGGACUCACUAGUGGCCCACAUAAUGGACACAACAAACAACACGGACCUGUUUCCAACCCUUCGAAGAAUACUUCCAAAAACAUGGGUGGAGUUUGAACGGCUGCUGCGCAACUUGCGUGACAAGGGGACCGAGGAACAUCAGUCUGCAGAAUCGACUUCUUAUGGCGAAACACAAACUACACAUAGUAACGACUUAAAAUGGCUGACGCGAGAAGAAUGUCUUCAGCAAGGGCAGCUUGCAGGUCUCACGGCGGACAGACUGGAGUCAGUCCUGUCUUACCUGCAGCAGGUGGGAACCAUCCUCAGGUACACGGACAUACCGGAACUCAAGGAUCUCAUAUUUCAUGAUCCAUCGGGAUUGAUAGACGUAAUGAAGGAACUGUUUCAUCACGACUUGAUGAAGGUUUUCAAGAACACAAAUCCACGUCUCAAGGACUUCUCGAAUACAAAGUUGAAAAAGGUUCGGAAAAACUUGUCCAGCCGAGGCUUUCUGCCGAGAGAGGUGGUAAUCGGCUUGUUAGGACCACAUGCCAGACCGGUAGGAAACGUGGAUGUGAUCACUAACCUGAUGGAACAUUUCGGCUUGUGCUACACGGAACGGCCCAGAGAGACCUCAGUACCAGUGGGAUACUAUAUCCCAUGGUACAUACAGGAGGAAAGACCAGAGGCUAUAAACAGGGAUGUCACCGGACAGGAAUCCACUGUAACGUGUGAGCUGACCCAUUUCUGCCCGCGGGGACUGUUUGAGCGAUUGAGCGUUGUGGUUAACAAACUCAUCAAGACCCGACAGGACUGGAAAGACGUUAUUGUGGCUGUUAGAGAUAGUCUUCCCGUGAUUGUUUACCGCGAGAUGAAACACGAGCACGUUAACAUCGUGGUGAAACUCACCGUCCAAGCAGUCCAAGGAACGGAGAUGAUUUGGGCCGUCAUCGAUCCACUGAAAGACAAGCUGUCUGCACUUCUAAAGGAGUGGCCUGGAUUGCUUUACCGUCUGGUGUAUUCCACGUUUACUCAGCAAGGCUACCAGCAGUUGUUGGCAUGUUCGCCCAACAUCCCCACGUUUCCGGUAGGACCGCGCGGCUGCACAGUUCAGCACAGCGGCGUGACACUGGAGUUUCCUGCAGGCUGUGUUAGAAGCACGCGGUUCAUCUCUGUCGAGGUUGAAGCCGUACCAGUUAACGAGGACGUCCGGACUAUGUUUACGGCCUUUUCCGCCGUCCUGACAGUGGAGCAGGACUUCCCACAGCGGUUCCUCCGGCCCGUCACAGUCAGCCUGCCCUGGGUUUGGACACAAACUGGACAGAAGGACGAAGAGACACGAACGGUGGUUUUGCACUAUGACCGGGACGAAGGCUGGACAGUCUUCCCAACAAAAACUCACGAGGAAGAUGGUCCCAGAUUACCGAUAAUCCUGUUGAUCAACGACGAGUAUGGAACUUCCAAGGGAGGAAUUUCUACCAUCAACUGCCAGGCGAGCCAAAUCCUGCAGGACAAGGCAGUCGUGUACGCCACAGUCCUACAGCUGAAUGUACCUAAAGAAGACCAGGAGGCAGCAGACAGAGACGGCGUCAAGCUGAUAAAGCCAGUACAAAUAGACAAGGAGUCGGUGCCAACACUAGACUGGCUUACUAAGUACCACAGCGUCCACUUCCCAGACCUUCCUAAAGACGUCACCUGCAUCAUCGGCCACGCUGACAUCACAGAUAUGGCAACGCAUAACAUCCACAACGAGUACUACAAGGACCAGGCAGAUCUCAUCAUGUUCACCCACGUCAUACCCGAGGAUACAGAGUACUACAAGGGAGGCCGGAAGGCCAUGAAAGCACGGGACAAAGAGAAGGACAUGCUUGAUAAAGUAGACAACGCAAAGGCAGUUUUCUCGGUAGGCAAGCGGAUCUACGACCACUGCAGCACCAAGUACAAGGGAGAGAAGAAACCACAGAAUCACCACAUCUUCCUCCCGAAGCCAUCCAAGAUAUUUCUGGAUGCCGACGUGAGUCCCGGAGGAGGGGAAAAAGUUGUACUGUCCAUCGGCAGGGUGAGGAACGUGGAGAAGCUGAAAGGUCAUGACCUCGCUGGACAGUCCCUGAGGGAGGUGAUAAAGAUAAUCAAGAACGCCCGUUGGUGUGUCCGCGGCAUCAGCGAGGACGACUUUGAGACAAGCCAGAAGAUUCUGGAAGACGCCCUGAACAGUCCCGACCUGAACCCAACCCUGCUGCCGUACGGGACCCAGGAGGACAUCAGGGACGACAUGACGAUGGCCCACCUGGUCCUGAUGCCGUCCCGCUCCGAGCCGUUUGGGCUGGUUGGCCUGGAGGCCAUCGCCGCUGGCAUCCCCGUACUCAUCUCCGACAAGACCGGCUUGGCAGAGAUGAUCACCGACCUGAUUGAUCAGGGGAAACUCAGCGCAGAGCACAGGCACGUCAUCGUGGAGACCAGCGUGAACGACCGCGAUCGUGCCGGAGACGCAAAGAGGUGGGCAGACCGAAUCGUGGACAUCCUCGAGCAUAACGACGCGGAGUUCGAGAAAGCCGCCAGGUUCAAGCGGGAGCUCGUGGCGUCCAGGUACUGGGAGGAAUCCCACAAUGCCUUCCUGCAGGCCUGCGGCAUCACGGCUGCAGAAGCAGAUCAGUAGGGGUCAAGG